AGUUCCUAACCAAAAGCCGGGUGUAGAAAAGGUGGAACAGCAAGACCAAAAUUUCACAGCUUGUGGGAUAGUAGCAGCGAAGUAUAUUCAUUUUAUUUGUAGAGUGCUAUGAGAGCUUGAAAAUGGCACAGAAAGAUACGUUUCUACAUCUGUUUGCCGGAGGGUGUAGCGGUACUGUUGGAGCCAUUGUGACCUGCCCGUUGGAGGUGCUGAAGACCAGGUUGCAGUCCUCCGGGCUCACCCUCAGACCUGUGUUCCAGGUCCAGUUGGGAGCUCUGAAUGGUGCCGGAGUGAUGAGACCCGCGACCAUGACACCCAGUCUGCUGCAAGUCUUGCAGUCAAUUUUGGAGAAAGAGGGAUCGAGAUCACUCUUCCGAGGCCUGGGACCAAACCUUGUAGGAGUGGCACCUUCGAGAGCCAUUUACUUUGCUGCUUAUUCCAAGACGAAGGAGAUUUUCAACAGCAUCUUCACCCCCAACAGUGGCCUGGUGCACAUAUCCUCAGCUGGCUCUGCAGCCUUUCUUACAAACUCUUUGAUGAACCCUGUGUGGAUGGUGAAGACCAGAAUGCAGCUGGAAAAAAGGGCUCGCGGGGAGAGGAAGAUGAACGCGCUGCAGUGCGCUCGCUACGUGUACAGAUCGGAGGGGAUACGCGGGUUUUACCGCGGCCUGACAGCGUCGUACGCCGGCAUCUCCGAGACCGUGAUCUGCUUCCUCAUCUACGAGACGCUGAAGAAGCACCUGGCGGACACCCGCUUCGUUUCUGCCAGCGGCGGGAACAACAAGGGGGCGUCUGACUUCUUCGGCCUCAUGGCCGCCGCUGCCUUCGCCAAGGGCUGUGCCUCCUGCGUAGCCUACCCACACGAGGUGAUCCGCACAAGGCUCAGGGAAGAGGGCAGCAAGUACAAGUACUUCUUCCAGACGGGGCGGCUGGUGUUCAUAGAGGAGGGCUUCACCGCUUUUUACAGAGGACUUGUUCCACAGCUCAUCCGACAGAUUCCCAACACAGCCAUCGUGCUCUCUUCUUACGAGCUCAUUGUCCACCUGCUAGGCGAUUCCUCUCAUUGACAGGAAGAGAGGAGGCACUCUGCAAUUCCUCUCAUUGACAGGAAGAGAGGAGGUACUCUGCGAUUCCUCUCAUUGACAGGAAGAGAGGAGGCACUCUGACGGCUCUCUGAACUGAACUGGACAGAACUGAACUGAACUGAAUGGCAGUUGGAAAGAGGGUAUCCCACUCGCCAGCUACAUCAUGUGUAGGACAAUUAAGUGUUUCAACAGCGGGACAAUGGGCACUCCUUUUUCAUAUGCUGCUGCAGAAAUGCUUCCUUGAAGGGACAAUGACACCGAUUUUGUAUGUUGUAAAUGUAAUUUUGUUCAAACAAAAAAUAUUUAUUUUCAUGUAUUUGUUCUUUUGUCUGUUUGUUGUUAACAUAUCCAAAGGAAAUGGGUUUACCACUUUGAGAACAGUAUCCUGUUUUAACACAGGUUAAAGUAAUGUACAAAAUUAAGGAAACUUAAUUGUUUGUUCAAGGCUACCACAAAAACCAAUGCAGUAUAAAUAUCUGUCAUGUCUCAUGUAGUAAAAUGCUUCAACAUUAAAUCAGCUGUGCUUUUUGGACCAACAUCCCUUCCGCGAUACAGUGCCUUUUCUCCUGAUUUGGGUACAGUUUGCUCACAUGGUAAAUAUUCAGAUGUUGAAACUUCCUUCUUGUGAGGAUGUUUGUUUCGUUUCGGAACACUUGAAGUUGAUUAACCUGUUCAUUCAUGACCUCAACCACAUGGGUACUAACUGGAAUUUAAUUUAAUCUGUGACUUUUGGUUUCUCAUUAUCCCUGAUGUUGUUUUUUGGUAAUAAAAUAAAAAAAUGUUUUACACAAAAAA